GCUCCGGCUUCCCCCACCCCCCCAAAUUCCGCCACCGCGCGCCGCCGGUGGUCCCUCCCGGUUUUCGCAGCCUCGAGGGCUCACGCAGGUGCAGGCCCCGGCCCUCAACUCGACCCGCUUCCAUUGUUGUGGAGGGAGGGCGAGGCCUUCGCUGACCUUCCCACACCGUAGCUUCUGCCUUCGCCUCCACGGCGGCGAGCGGUCGAGCACCGCCUCGCCGGAGGCGGACGGAGUUCCCACCCUCCUCGUCGGUGGCUCGGCACCGAGCCUGGUCACUAUGUCGUCGUCGUCGCUGGCACACUCCUUGUACCGCCGUCGUAUCGUCGAAUACAAGGCAGCGGCCUGCUGCUCACGGCUCCCCUUCCGCGCGAGGCCGCCCCCGCGCCCCCGCAUCGGCGCUGGCGCUGGCGCCAACACCACCUCAGCGCAUGGGAUUGAUAGUAGCAUCAUCGCCAUCCAGACUAUGAAGCGGUGGGAGACCUUGAAUCACAUGGCCUACAAAUUUGGGAGGCUUGACAAGUCCGAUGGAAAGCUGGCCUUGAAGAUACUGAGUUCUAUUGUGGAGCGACCAGGUUUAGACCGAAUUACCUAUAUUUACUGUAUGGCUGUUCCAAUUCUCAUCCAGGCUCAAAUGCAUUCACAAGCAAUGUCAGUGUUGAGGCAUCUUGCCUUGACAGGCUUCUCCUGCAAUGCUAUUUUUAGCUCCCUCUUGCGGACCAUUUCACAUUUUGAUUCCACCAAUCGUGCCGUCUUUGACCUCCUUGUCAAAGCAUAUGUCAAGGAAGGAAAAGUGGUCGACGCAGUUGUGGCAGUUUUCUUUAUGGAUGACUGUGGAUUUAAGGCUUCAGCUGUUGCUUGCAAUACCAUCCUUAAUGCUCUUGUGGAGGAAGGGGAAUCAAAACAUGCCUGGUUAUUCUUGAGAGAAAGUUUGGCCCGUAAAUUCCCUCUGGAUGUUACCACUUGCAAUAUUCUUCUGAAUUCCCUGUGCACUAAGGGUGAAUUUAGAAAAGCUGAAGAUAUGCUUCAGAAGAUGAAGAGUUCUCGCUUAGCUAAUUCUGUCAGUUAUAAUACAAUGCUACAUUGGCAUGUUAAGAAGGGGAGGUUUAAGGCUGCCCUGUGUGUUCUAGAAGAUAUGGAGAGGAAUAGUAUACAGGCUGAUGUCUAUACUUAUAACAUCAUGAUAGAUAAAUUAUGUAAAAUAAACAGGAGUGCACGUGCUUUCCUUUUACUCAAAAGAAUGAAGGAAGAUAACUUAACACCUGAUGAAUGUACAUACAAUACUUUGAUCAAUGGUUUUUUCGGUGAAGGUAAGAUAAACCAUGCUCACUAUGUCUUCAAUCAUAUGCUGAGACAAACUUUGGCUCCAAGUGUAGCUACUUACACUACAAUGAUUGAUGGGUACUGCCGAAAUGGGAGAACUGAUAAAGCCCUUAGUGUUCUGUCCGAAAUGCAAAUUACUGGUGUUACGCCAAGUGAACUAACUUAUAGUGCUUUGUUGAAUGGUUACUGCAAAUUUUCCAUGCUGGAACCUGCUCUAGAUCUCGUUAAAGAUCUGAGUUCAAGAGGCAUAACCAUCAAUAAAACAAUGUAUACCAUUCUCAUUGAUGGUUUAUGUCAAGUAGGUGCGAUUUCCAAGGCUAAACAAAUUUUAAGGAGUAUGCUUGAGGAUGGAGUUGAUCCGGAUGUUAUCACUUAUUCAGCAUUGAUCAAUGGCAUGUGCAGGAUGGCUAGGUUGCAUGAAACAAAAGAAAUUUUGUCAAGGAUGCAGAAAAGUGGAAUUUUACCUAAUGAUGUGCUAUACACAACUCUAAUUUGUUACUAUUGUAAGGCUGGGUAUGCCAAGGAAGCACUGAAGCAUUUCGUGGACAUGUAUCGAAGGGGGCUAGUUGCCAAUGCAGUCAUCCAUAAUGCAUUGUUAUGUGCUUUCUAUAGAGAGGAAAUGAUUACAGAGGCUGAGCACUUUAGACAAUACAUGUCUAGGAUGAAGAUAUCAUUUGAUUCUGUCUCCUUUAACUGCAUAAUAAAUAGUUACUGCCACAGAGGUAACAUAGUUGAGGCAUUUUCAGUUUAUGAUAAUAUGGUCCGAUAUGGCCAUUUUCCAAAUGUUCGCACAUAUCAGAAUUUGCUUAGAGGAUUAUGUCAAGGAGGCCACUUGGUACAAGCGAAGCGGUUUAUGUCCUGCCUUCUUGACAUACCUUCUGCUGUUGAUGAGAAAACUUUCAAUGCACUACUUCUUGGGAUAUGCAAAUAUGGAACCCUGGAUGAAGCUUUGGAUUUAUGUGAGAAAAUGGUCAUAAACAACUUUUUACCUGAUAUCCGUACUUACACCAUUCUUCUCAGUGGUUUUUGCAGGAAAGGCAAAAUUUUUCCUGCAUUCAUCGUGUUGCAGAUGAUGUUAGAGAAAGGGUUAGUCCCUGACACUGUUGCAUAUACCUGCUUGUUGAAUGGGUUUAUCAAUGAAGGCCAAGGGAAGGCUGCUGCUUAUGUUUUCCAGGAGAUUAUAUGCAAGGAAGGCCUGUAUGCAGAUUGUAUUGCCUAUAAUUCAUUGAUGAAAGGGUACCUCAAAGGAGGAAAUUUAAAUACUAUGAAAAAGGUGAUGUCUGAUAUGCAUAAGAAUGCAGUUUAUCUAAACACCGCUAGCUAUAACAUACUUAUGCAUGGGUAUGUCAAGAAGGGACAACUUUCAAGGUCUUUUUAUCUGUACAAAGAUAUGGUGAGGAAAGGGAUCAGACCAAACAACAUUACAUAUCGCUUGCUCAUACUUGGGCUUUCUGAGUGCGGGAUGAUUGACAUUGCAGUUAAGUUUUUGGAGAAGAUGGCCUUAGAAGGCAUUAUUCCUGAUAAGUUUGCUUUUGAUAUACUGAUAACAGUUUUCAGUGAUAAAUCUAAGAUGCAUAAUGCACUACAACUUUUCGAUUGUAUGAAGUGGUUACAUAUGUCACCCAGCAAUAAAACUUAUAGUGCCAUGAUAAAUGGAUUAAUCAGAAAAAAUUGCUUGGAUCAGAGUCACAAAGUUUUACGUGAGAUGUUAGAAAGAGGGCUCCAACCAAACCAUACACAUUAUAUUGCAUUGGUCAACGCAAAAUGUCGGGUUGGUGAGAUUGAUGGAGCAUUCAGGCUAAAAGAAGAAAUGAAAACUCUUGGUGUUGUGCCUCCUGAAGUUGCUGACAGCUCAAUUAUUAGAGGUCUGUGUAGAUGUGGGAAACUUGAGGAGGCAGUCAUAGUUUUUAGCAGUAUGAUGCGCUCAGGAAUGGUGCCAACUGUUGCUACUUUCACUAGUCUAAUGCACGGUCUUUGUAAAGAAUCCAAAGUUGCUGAUGCUUUGCACUUGAAAGGGUUGAUGGAGUUAUGUAAAUUGAAGGUUGAUGUUGUCAGUUACAAUGUUAUUAUUACUGGUUUAUGCAACAACAAGCGUAUCUCUGAUGCACUAGAUCUUUAUGUAGAGAUGAAAUCUAAGGGUCUUUGGCCGAAUAUUACAACCUAUAUCACACUCAUUGGAGCUAUGUAUGCAACAGGGAGAAUGGAGGCUGGAGAGAAAAUACUGGAGGAUAUAGAAGAAAGGGGUCUUAUUCCAUCCAAGCAUCCUGAAGGUCUUGAAAGGCGGAUGGAGGAUGCAAUUAGAAGGUUAAACAUGAUAAGAAACUGCAGAAAGGGAAUGCCUUUUAAAGAGGUCGAGGUAUUGCCAGUAGAAAGCUGCCAGUGAUUGAAAUUCCACUUAAAUUUACCAGUGUCAAAAGAAUUUCGACCAUUUGACCAUGGUAGAAAACUGUGGGUACCUUUUCUGGUUUAUACCCUGUGAUACCUUGUGGUGUCAUCAUCCAUCGAGGGAUCCAUUCUAGAUAUGUUGAAUGUCAUUUGCCUUGCACAGCUAAUUCAGUGUUCAAGAGGGGAAGGUAAAUGGGAUUAUGAGUAGCAAUUGAUAUGCGUAAGCUACAGCAGGGAUUCUGGACGUGAAGUUUUACCAUGUUACUAGAUGUAUAAAGGACUGUGUUUACAUCAACAUCUCACUGAAACAGCUGCAGUCCUGCAGAGCCAAUCAGGUGGGGAGCAACAGUGUUUUGGUUUCAGGCAGGGGCUACUGCACCACAGAUGGGGACAGUGGGCAGUGGAGGUGGAGCCCAAUGCUGUCUCGAGCUCAGCCUGUGCUUGCACUAAUGGAAGUCAGAAUGUACUCAUUGCAGAGGUUUAGUAUCAACCUCGCAUUCCAAUUGCCAGGAGCUUUUUAAAUGUCUGUCACUCGAGGACGAGACCUUGGAUGGACCAUUCUGAUGUAGUGAUGUAUACUAUUUACAAGAUGGAUGGCCUUCAUGCGUUCACUUAGGCAAAUGCUUAUGUUUUUUUGUUGGACAAUUUGUUUGGAUUUCUGAAGCUGGAUCUGUAACAAAGCAGGUAUGAAUGCAUUGGUACUGUUCAAAUAGAUUUUCCUGUUUUCACGAUAGGCGAAUUUCUGAAGGUUCAGCACAAAAAUGUUCAAUAGAGAUGUAUGCAAUAUUGUGUGGCGAGGGCGCGAGGCAGCUGAUUUGGAUUUUAGAUGUGGUGCAAGAGUGUAUGGACCUUAGCCAAUCUGAAUUUCAGUUGAAGAGUGAUAUAAAGAACUGGUUUUUUGGUCUGACCACGAUUGAAAAAUUUAGGGCAAAGCAACAGUCUCAUCUGAUUCUGAUGGCCAUCAAAGCAGCAGAGGCUAGUUUGAGGCUUUUCUUCAUGCAGAUAAACGACAGGAGGAGGAAAAUUUUUAUUUGGCAACUUGAAGCUGAUGGUCGUUCUUGUACAGUCAUACUGAGAAAGUGGAAUGCCUGUUUAACCACUUCAGUGCUCUGUUCUGCAACCCUCAGCAUGAUCCAGUACUCUGUAUUGGGAUUCUCAUGGCAUAGUCAGGCAGAACUUGGAUCAAUUGGAGGAUGAGUUCAGCGAAGAGGAGAUGCAUGGAGUAACUCAUGACCUGGAGUUCGACAAAGCACCAAGCUCAGAUUGGUUCAUUGAGGUUUUCCUCAAAUCUUGUUGGCCAGUGGUAAAAGAGGAUCUAAUGUCUGCAGCAAACUUCUUCAGUCAACAUGAUCAGCAUUUCUCGCCCCUGGCCUGAAUUCAAACAGUACCGAAUACUGAUACCCAAGAGAAGCGAUGCAAAAUGUGUGGGGGACUACAGGCCAAUCAGCCCGACACAUAGCAUUGCAAAGCUAUUCCAAGUUGUUGGCCAAUAGACUUCCCAGUUGCCUGAACCUGCUAGUUUCCAGGGUCCAGGAUGACUUAAUAAAAAAAGUAAGUAUUCAUGGUAAUUACCUAUAUCAGAACCUUGUGAAGGACCUGCACUGAUCCAACACCCUGCGUUCUUCCUCAAGCUUGAUAUUGCUAAGGCGUUUGACAGCUUUUGAUGGGAUUUCUUGCUGGAAGUGUAGGAGCAGUUGGGCUUAGAAGCAAGAUGGCAUGUUUGGGUGACGACUCUGCUAGCUACUGCCUCAUCAUCUGUGUUCCUCAACGGUGCAGUUCUUCAGAAUCAUACUGCAUGCUUGAUGAAAACUCAAUCUGGAAGGCACAGGCAGAGGGCUCGCAUAAAUGUUUUGCUUGGUUGCUGAGUUCAAAGUAAGAUUCUCACAGCGGACAAAUUACUGGCAAGACACUGGCCAUGCAACUCGAUUUGCUGGCUAUGUGAUCAGGUGGAAGAAACAGCAAUGUGCUUGUGUUUACAUUGUGUUUAUGCAAGGGAGGUUUGGAUGCUGAUGUGCACCUCGACUGGGGGCUUGGUAAUGGUACAGGUGCUGGCUGAAAACUUAUCGAUCGAGGGUUGGUGGCAUCAAUAACUACAUCAUCUUCCCAAGCAGGCAAGCAACAACGGCGGAAUGUGGCAGGUCUUCUAAUGCACACUGUGAAACAUCUAGGAGAGGAACCGGCGAACUUUCAAAGGAGAAUUUGCAGUGCCAAUAAGUUCUUGGGCACAUCAAGGAGAUCGCCGUCAAGUAGCAAGCGUGUGGAGGGCCUUUCAUGGCUUUUAUCAUUUUCCUUCUGUCAGUUAUCAUGCUUUUCCUCCGUAAAUGUGAUGGCAGUGCUCCUGCCGUAUUUUUUUUGGAUGCAACUUCAUGGAUCGUGUGUCUACAAAUUACAAGGCACAUUUUUUUUCUUUCGUUUUGUAUGCGUACGAUCAUGUGCAUCAAUCUGUAUGAAUUACAACACUGAAAUACUAUGAGGCUUUCAUUUUUAACU